AUCAAGUAAAACGAGAGUUUGCCGUCUCUUUACAAUCCAAAUUCAACCCAUCAUAAUCCUAAACUUCCAUAGAAAAUCAGCUGUCCAAAAGUCUUUUAUAGAUCUCAACUACCAUGACAAUACAAGAGAAUAAGUUAAUAAAACCUAAACAAUGCAGAAACAGAGUCCCCAUCAUCUUAUUGGCUCAGAAAAAAAACAUCACAUACUCCAAAGCUUCACAGCACACCAACACUUAGAAUAUGCUCAAUCCCGUCUCCUUCCAAAAUAUGUCACCGCCCCACUACAUUAUUUUAAGACUUUGAAAAUCAAGUUUUACAGGCUCUUACCCUUUUCUUUGUUGUAUGAUCAAAGACCAUAUUUUUGGCCAUUUCUCUCCCUUCCUCUGAAACACAGAUUUUGAAUGAGUUGCAAUGACAAUCGAAGAACCGGACCCGAAUCCCUCAGCAGAUCAUGUUCUGGACUGGCUCGAGGACUCGGUGUCGUUUCUCUCAUCAUACUUGGAUGAUCCUUAUUUAGGGGAUAUCAGUACGUGCUGGUGGGAUCAAAGUCAAGAUGCAGGGCAAGAUUUCAUCAAUACUAAUACAGCUUUCAGUAGCAGCACAAAUAACAUUACAACUAGUCCACCACCAAUCGUCGCUAAACAUUCCCCUCCAUCGGGUUCUUCCAAUAAACGGAAAGCCUCAGACGACCAAGUACUCAAAGCAUCACAAAAUCAUCAUCAGAGAAAGAGUAAUGGUCGUCGGAUAAACAAAGAGAGAGAUGGUGACGGAGUAGUCCAAGAAGUUGUGGCGGCCAAAAAAUCAGUGGGGAACAAGAAAAGUACAGGAAAGGUCAUAGGAAACAACGGUAGUAACAGUAAUAACAAGGAAGGGAGAUGGGCAGAGCAGCUAUUGAAUCCUUGUGCUGCAGCCAUCACCGCAGGCAACUUGUCGCGAGUCCAGCACCUUCUUUAUGUUAUCCAUGAGCUUGCCUCUCCCACUGGAGAUGCCAAUCACAGGCUAGCAGCUCACGGACUCCGAGCCCUGACUCACCACUUAUCCUCCUCCUCUCCCUCUGUUGGACCUACAACUUUUGCUUCUACAGAGCCAAGAUUCUUUCAACGAUCCUUGCUGAAAUUCUAUGAGGUUAGUCCAUGGUUUUCCUUCCCAAACAACAUUGCUAAUGCUUCCAUACUCCAGAUCCUCAGUGGAGAAACUGAUCAAACACGUAAUCUGCACAUUCUUGACAUUGGUGUCUCUCAUGGUGUACAAUGGCCUACGCUUCUCGAGGCCUUAACUCGCCGAUCUGGAGGACCACCCCCACUGGUACGUAUCACAGUGGUGGCUGCCACCAUUGAAGCUGAUCAAAACACUGAGACCCCAUUUUCAAUAGGUCCACAAGGUGAUAACUUCUCAUCAAGGCUCCUUGCUUUUGCAAAGUCUAUGGAUAUCAAUUUGCAAAUAGAAAGGCUUGAUAACUAUCCUCUGCAUAAACUUGAUGCACAUAUCAUCAACGCAUCAAGUGACGAGACCUUGAUAGUUUGUGCACAAUUUAGGCUCCAUCAUUUAAACCACAGCACACCUGAUGAGAGGAGUGAGUUCUUCAAGGCCUUGAGAAGUUUGGAGCCGAAAGGAGUCAUACUUAGUGAAAACAACAUGGACUGUAGCUGCACUACUUGUGGAGAUUUUGCAACUGGAUUCUCACGGCGAGUGGAGUACUUAUGGAGGUUCUUGGACUCGACAAGUUCAGCUUUCAAGGGCAGGGAGAGUGAAGAGAGGAGGGUAAUGGAGGGAGAAGCAGCUAAGGCUAUGACAAAUCGAAGAGAGAUGAAUGAAGGGAAAGACAAAUGGUGUGAGAGGAUGAGAGGAGCAGGGUUUGUUGUGGAGGUAUUCGGAGAGGAUGCCAUCGACGGAGCUCGAGCUAUGUUGAGAAAGUAUGACAGUAACUGGGAGAUGAAGGUGGACGAGAAAGAUGGGUGUGUUGGUUUAUGGUGGAAAGGGCAGCCUGUUUCAUUCUGUUCAUUGUGGAAGUCGAAUAUGAAACUGGAGGAUAGUUGAAACAGUUAAUAGCAUAGUGUUGGUUUCUCUUACUGUCUCUAUGUAGAUCCAUUUUGGAUCGAGUCAUUAUGUACAACGAAUCAUGUCCAUUUCAAAUCAAAACAAGAAAUUGAAAAACCAGAACAGUAGAACACUGAGCUAAACUAAUAGAAUUGUGCAUAAACUAGUCAGAUCAGUAAGGACAGAUUCCCACUUCAAGGAAACAGAAUUAAUUGCUUUCCUUCCAAUUUAGAAAUUCUGAGCUAAUCAAAAUGUCUUCUCCAAAAUACAAUUAGAUGACAAAACCCUGAAGUUCAGUAUCAUAUAUAUGUCCCAAGAGGAAUGGGUGCCUGAAAUCCAGGCAACUUUUCAACGUCAAUCUACUAAACA